GAAUUUUCAUCAUUAACAUCAUGAAGACAUGGGAAAAGCUUCAGCUUGCAGCACGUGUCAUUGUUGCAAUUGAGAUACCUAAGGACAUUAUUGUACAAUCUGCUAGAACAUAUGGUUAGAGGGCUGUCUUGAAGUUUGCUCAGUACACUGGAGCCCAAGCUAUUGCUGGACGUCACACUCCUAGAACUUUCACCAACCAGAUGCAAACCUCAUUCAGUGAACCCCGCCUUCUCAUCCUCACUGAUCCGAGAAAUGAUCACCAGCCCAUCAUGGAAGCAGCCCUUGGGAACAUUCCCACUAUUGCCUUUUGUGACACUGAUUCACCCAUGCGCUAUGUUGAUAUUGGAAUCCCUGCAAACAAUAAGGGAAAACACAGACUUGGUGUUCUGUUCUGGCUCUUGGCAAGGAUGGUGCAGCAGAUGCGUGGUGUUAUUGCUCCAGGCCAUAAGUGGGAUAGCAUGGUACUUACUCUUCUUACUGUAUUGUUUGUGGUUUAUUACAUCUCGGUUUGAGAGUUUCUGUGGAUUGGCAUCGUUUUAAUUACUCUUCUGUGAAUGUUGUCGUUUUUAUUGUUUUACUACCUAAAUUUAACGCUAGUCUUAGCAACAGUUCCCAUACGAGCACACUCUAAUCUGAGUAUCUCACUUUCGGUGAUGUCACACUUCAUUGUCAAUUCAUACAUUAUUUUAUUACAUGAACUAUUUUAAAUUCAACAUCACAAAAAUCCC